AUGUAUUCUCCCAUCUCAGACGAUGAUCGGCCUAGUGGUCGGCGCCAUUCAGUCAGGUCAAGAAAUGGUUCUAUGGGUGCAGGAUCCGUAAGGAAUGGUGUAAAGGGGGCUGUUCCGCGACGGAGGUCUUCUGCGGCCACAACUCACAAUUCGGUCUUGAAAGUCAAAAGAAAAAGGAGCCCUGCAAAGGAAAAGGAUGCGAAGCCCCCUCUUAACGCAUUUGAUCGCCUCGCAACUUAUAUGGUCGAAAGACAAAUAAAGUUUUCACUAAUAAUUCUUUCCUGUUUCGCGGCAAUUCACAUUCUGCUUCCGCAAUACCGAUCCACAACUACUAAACUCUUCAAAAUAUCUUACCAUAAUCCCGAUACCAAUCUCUAUGGUAAGGGUGAAGAUGACAUUUAUUUUCUAUCCUUCUGGAUAGUGAUGUUUACUUUCCUUCGGGCAACUGCCAUGGAUUAUAUUUUCACGCCAUUGGCUAGACGAGGUGGAAUUUCUACCAAAAGAGGCCUUAUCAGGUUUGCUGAGCAAGCGUGGUUGUUGGUUUACUACUCUGUUUUCUGGACGUUGGGGAUGUACCUGAUGUAUGACAGCCCGUACUGGCUCAACCUCCCCGAGAUGUGGACCAACUGGCCUCUGCGCGAUUUGGGUGGUACUUUCAAGUGGUAUUACUUGGUUCAAUUCGCGUUCUGGCUACAACAAAUUUUUGUCCUCAAUAUUGAGGAAAGAAGAAAGGACUACUACCAAAUGUUCGCGCAUCACAUCAUUACAUGUACCCUCAUGUUCACGAGCUACACAUUGCACAUGACCAGAGUCGGCAAUGUGAUACUUUGCGUCAUGGACGUUGUGGACACACUUUUACCACUUGCUAAAAUGCUUAAGUACCUCGGUUAUAGUACAAUCUGCGAUUGGGCGUUUGGCGUCUUUCUCAUCACCUGGUUUAUUGGCCGACAUAUUUGUUACAUGCUCGUUGUCAAUUCUGCCUGGAGAGACGCACUUGUAAUGAUCCCAGAGGGCUGCUAUCAUCCAGGCUCUGUCACCCAAACGCCUAUGCCUGAUAUCAUUCAGGAUUGGUCGCUUCUAAUCCGUCAGUUCUAUUAUCCAACGGAGGCAGUUUGUUUCACGAAACCUAUCCUGAUGGGAUUUAUCUUUUUGCUAUUGGCAUUGCAAGUACUCACAUUAAUGUGGUUCUACAUGAUCAUCGGUGUAGCUGUAAAGGUUAUCAAGGGAGGACAAGCUGAGGACACUAGGAGUGACGAUGAGGAUUCUGAAGAGGAGAAGGAAGAAGAGGAAGAAGAGGAUCUGAUUGAGGAGGCUCCUGUAAAAGCAGCUGACUCCGCUCAAAUGACCGGAACGGCAAUGUCAACAGCUUCAUUACCCUCCGUAAUCAUGAACGGCGGAUCCCGCCGGCAUCUCUCUGCGCAGCCUCUAGGUGGAGGGUAA